UCGCCGAUGGCGGCGCUCUGGCUCUCUUUCAUUUUGUCUGAUGCUCCUGUCGAAUUCGAAUCGAACAGCUCGAACACUUCGAACGCGUAGAUCUCACCUCGAGCCACGGAAAAUCUACUUGGACAGCACCACGUGCGGUUGAAAAAGCGAGAGAGAAGGAAUCUUUGAAGAGCUCGAUUUGCGGGCGAGAAGAGGGGUGGUGGAGGGGUUAAGCGUGUUUUGACCUAUGGUGUCGUCCAGUCAUCCGUCGGUCAUUGCUAUUUCGUGUUGCAAGAAAGCACGUCAAAUCACGUCGCAGGACGUGAACGGUGCACUUCCCGUAAGGAUAUCACUCCAUUAUUUUCGGUCCGCCCUAUUGCGUGCGUGUGUGUGCAGUGUGUGUGAGUGUGUGAGUGUGUGUUGUGUGUAUGUAUGUAUAUAUUUUGUUCUGUGCGCGAUUCGUGGAAGGUUACGAUGGAAUACGUGCAGAUAAAGGACAUCCGCGCGGGGCAGAAGAACAUCAACGUAGUGUUUAUCGUUUUGGAGGUUAGCCACCCUACCAUAACCAAAGAGAACCGCGAAGUUCGAACGUUCAAAGUGGCCGAUAGCACCGCCUGUAUGAACGUCUCCAUCUGGGACGAACCCGGGCAACUCCUGAUGCCGGGUGACAUUGUACGGCUCACCAAGGGCUACGCGUCCGUCUGGCGGCAAUGCCUGACCCUUUAUUCUGGGAAGAACGGUGACAUCCAGAAGAUUGGGGAAUUUUGUAUGGUAAUCAACGAGCAGGUGAACAUGAGCGAGCCGAAUCCGAUGCUGGUGCAGCAGCUUGUUAAUCGAGAUCAGAGCGGCUCGGGUCCGCCCAGCAGCAACGUUAACAACAGCAUCACCAACAACGGCAAUGCCAACAGUAUCUCGGGUCAACCAGGACGGCAGCCUUUGGCAAGUCAAAGUAACACAACAACUCCUGGUAGCGGAUCCGCGGCAAGUUCGACGACCGCAAAGAGCGGAAACGGCAGCACGCCGACGACAAAGAGCAACUCGCGCGGACGCGGCGGCUACAGGAACGGCGGUCGUAGCGACCGGAGAUAACACACGAGAACGAAGCGGCUGAUCAUAUGCGUGUAAACGAGCGAACGAACGAAUAACAUGAUGCGCGACAGAUCUGUGUGUAGGCUAUGUUCCAAAAUUGACCGCCUGUAUUGAAAAUCUAUAGUGCACGUAACUAUAGUAUUUUCAGUGCCGGCAAUAAAUUGGAGCAGCCUUGCGUAUUAUAUAGUUUUCUCCUGUUUUUUUUUAAUUUUAAUUUUUGAUGCGCGUUUUUUAAGCCAGAAAGUUACUUACGUGUCGAAAGCAGCGGUUGACUUAUCUAUUUUGUUUAAGAGCGAAUAUAGCGAAGUUUUGCUUCUUUUAGUAGUGAUGUGUACUCAAUUCCACUACCUCGAGCGAUUCUAUUAUAGUGAUGUUUCACAUCGUUUUAGGCAUCAUCUCUUAGGUCCUGCAAGAAUUAAAAAAGCUGUCUUUAUUAAAAAAAUGAUAAUCUUAACAAUGCAAAAGUCUUGAAAUUUUCGAAAACUUUGGAAGCCAU